AUGGUUUCCACCAAGCAACUCUCCCUAGCUGCGGCUGCAGCCCUUCUCUCCUUUUCCAACAAGGCCCUGGCCGAGUCCACCGAGGGCACUACCGACUUCGCCGUCCGUGCUGAGGGUGCCGAUGGCGGUGCUGUCCAAGACUUUGUCCUCAGAUCAGUCGACGAGGAGACCCUUCUUGCUCGCGAUGUCGAGGAGCUCGAGGAGCGUGACGAUGAGGAGCUAGAGGAGCGUGAUGAGGAUGAGCUCGAUGAGCGUGACUUUGACGAGGAGCUCGAGGUCCGUCGCUACGGUGGCGGUGGUGGCCAUGGAGGUGGUCACGGCCAUGGCGGCGGUCGCCACGCUCGUGAUCUUGAUGAAGAGCUCGAGGUCCGUGGCCCCGGUGGUCGCCGUGGAGGUGGUGGCUUCGGCGGUCGUGGUGGCUUCGGCGGUCGUGGUGGCUUCGGCGGUCGUGGUGGCUUCGGCGGCCGAGGAGGUGGUCGUGGAGGUGGCCGUCACUCUCGUGAUCUCGAAGAUGAGCUCGAGGUCCGUGGUCCCGGUGGUCGUCGCGGCGGCGGUGGCUUUGGAGGCCGUGGUGGCUUCGGUGGUCGCGGUGGCCGUGGAGGUGGCCGUCACUCUCGUGAUCUUGAGGAAGAGCUUGAGGUCCGUCGCUACGGUGGUGGUGGUGGUGGCCGUAGCCACGGCGGCGGUCGCCACACCCGUGAUCUUGAGGAUGAGCUCGAGGUCCGUGGCCCUGGUGGUCGUCGUGGAGGUGGUGGCUUUGGUGGCCGUGGAGGUGGCCGUGGUCACGGCGGUGGUCGCCACAGCCGUGACCUUGACGAGCUUGACGAGCGUGACUUCGACGAGGAGCUUGAAGUCCGCGGCCCCGGUGGUCGUCGCGGUGGCGGUGGCUUUGGAGGCCGUGGUGGAUUUGGCGGCCGAGGAGGUGGCCGUGGAGGUGGUCGUCACUCUCGUGAUCUUGAAGAUGAGCUUGAGGUCCGUGGUCCCGGCGGUCGCCGCGGUGGCGGUGGCUUCGGUGGACGCGGCGGUGGUCGUGGCCAUGGUGGUGGCCGUCACUCCCGUGAUCUCGACGAGCUCGAUGAGCGUGACUUCGACGAGGAGCUUGAGGUUCGUGGCCCUGGCGGUCGUCGCGGCGGCGGCGGCUUCGGCGGCCGUGGAGGUGGUCGUGGCCAUGGUGGUGGCCGUCACGGCCGUGACAUCGAUGAGCGUGACUUUGAUGAGGAGCUCGAGGUCCGUCGCUACGCCGGCGGUGGUGGCCACGGAGGUGGUCAUGGCCAUGGCGGCGGUCGCCACGCUCGUGACCUUUACGAGCUCGAGGAGCGCGACUUCGACGAGGAGCUUGAUAUCCGUGACCUUCUUGAGCCUGAGCUCGAGACUCGCGGCCGCAAGCGCAAGGGUAGAAAGGGCAAGGGCAAGAAGCGUGGUGGUCGCCGCCACAAGAAGCCCGCUGCCGAGGCUACUGAGUCCUCGGAGUAA